GGCCCAUAGGAUCCAGAUUCCGAAAACUACUCGGACGUCUGCCUCUCUCGCCCCCUCUCGCUCUCCGACGACUGGUGGGCCACCGCCGCCGCCCUAAGGCAGGCGCUGAGGCUUUAGUUGGUCUCUUGGCCGGCGACGAGCAACCACCAGGUAUUUGAUCGACAAGCCUCCUAACUUCGAAGUUUUUGCAAAAAGUAUUGGUGUGCACCCAUGUCUCUUUACUGGAUCCGCCCCUGAUUCAGCACCACUAACUCCAAGUGGCGAUCACCAUGGCAGAGCAAUCUGGGGCCCAGAAUGCUUGGGAUAUGCUAUCUGAUGAGCAGUCACAGAAACACAUCACUACUGGUGCUGGUGACCUCAAUGACAUACUUGGUGGCGGGAUUCACUGCAAAGAAGUUACUGAGAUCGGUGGUGUCCCAGGGGUUGGUAAAACUCAACUGGGGAUUCAACUAGCAAUCAAUGUACAAAUCCCAGUGGAAUAUGGUGGCCUUGGUGGGAAAGCAGUUUAUAUCGAUACAGAAGGAAGUUUCAUGGUUGAACGUGUCUACCAGAUUGCUGAAGGGUGUAUCAGGGACAUACUGGAGCACUUUCCGCACAGCCAUGAGAAGUCCUCUUCUGGCAAAAAACAAUUACAGCCUGAGCAUUUCCUGGCGGACAUCUAUUACUUCCGAAUAUGCAGUUACACCGAACAAAUUGCAGUCAUAAACUACCUGGAAAAGUUCCUCGGAGAGCAUAAAGAUGUGCGUAUUGUUAUCAUUGAUAGUGUUACUUUCCACUUUCGACAAGAUUUUGAAGAUCUAGCAUUGAGGACCAGAGUGCUAAGUGGAUUAUCAUUGAAGUUAAUGAAGAUUGCAAAGACAUAUAACCUGGCAGUUGUCUUGUUGAACCAAGUCACUACUAAAUUUACUGAAGGGUCAUUUCAAUUAACUCUUGCUCUAGGUGACAGCUGGUCCCACUCAUGCACGAACCGGCUGAUUUUGUACUGGAAUGGGAACGAACGAUGCGCACACCUUGAUAAGUCUCCUUCACUUCCAGUAGCCUCAGCACCGUAUGCAGUGACAGGCAAAGGGAUUAGAGAUGCUGUGAGUCCAAACCACAAACGAGCCCGAGUAACGUAGCAUUCUUGGUGUCAAGCACUUGUAUCUCCACUAUGCUCUUGCAGCUUUCUUCACCAUGGAUCUUUGGGGCAAGUUAGGUGAGACUGGAGAAUCAUACUACUUUGCUGAUUCUCAAUUGCUUUGUGCCGUUAGCUACAAACCGACCAUAGAGAAGUAGAUGCAACAGAACAGGCUACUAUAGUGUUUUGUAUCUGAACAUGUGGCACAUCUUGCAUUCAGUAAUAAGCCUAUAGCAACUGGCUUAUAUGUGCUUCUCUGUUCACCGAUCAGCAAAUCAACAUUGUUAUUAGAGAAAAACAGCUGCAGGGUGGAAAUUGGCAUGGAUAACAGUUAACAGGACAUGUGUGGAAGAAUGUUCUAAAGUGUAGAAUAUGAUGGACUGUUGCCCAGUUCCCUAUUUUUCAUUGCUUUAUGAUUUGUGGGCAUAUCAAGAUUGUUUGUUGCCUGCGCAUGGAAACCAUUGCAGAAUCCAUGGUAAGUCUCGUUAAUGUUCCAGAUCCAAGUGUAGUACUCUUGUUCGUGCUUUUGAAUCUUUUUUAGUAUAGAAUUUUUCUUCUGUGCAUGACACUGCUGCCAUACUUACAGAACAGUUCUUGCCAGACAUUUUUAGUGUCA